GGGCACACACGGCAAAGUCACGGUGCUCAGGAACAACGCCCGGACAUGGCCGAAAACCGACUGUUGGUUGGCCCGCCCGUGCCGCUGACAGCAAGUGGCGGGGGGCCUGGAUUGUAGGCAGCACAAUUAAUCGCGUCUACAUAACAGCUUCAACGAAGGAAUCCAUCGGAAGGUGGGCGAACACAUACUGUACAACGAUCGAAAUCGCACUUUCCGCCAACUCGUAAUCAUCAUGGGCAAUGCCGCAUCGCGUGAAGCGAACUAUGAACGACUUGAAAAAGUUAUUCCGAAUGUGAAGAACGAUAAAGGCAUGGUUGUACCGAACCUGAAGGACGCCUUCACAGACGAGGGUGAUCGCAAGCAAUUCAUACAUGCGGUCCUGACGGUCUUUCAAAACAACACCCCAAAUGGCUUGGGCUUCAGCCGAUAUCGAUUGCUUUUCUCGCGUACCGAAAAUGAUCGGUACAUGGCGCAGCUGUUGCAGCAGAGGCCAGAUGGCGUCUUGUCAGCCAAGAUAGCCCCUCCCAAUAACUCAGUUGACCGUGCUGAGGCCUUCCUGGCUCUGAAGACAGAGGUUGAGCGCCGCCUGGACAGUGUGCUUAGAAGUAUUCCAGACGUGGGUAGUUCUCCCAGCGAAGUGCGCGAAGUGCCCCGAGCCUCUGCUUCAGCUUCACAAGAGCCAGGGAGCGCGCUUCGAGCUGCUGGUCCUUCUAACGAGACAUUGGUCAUCGACGGUCCCGAAAGCUCAAGACCGCUCGCGAAUGCCAACGAUGCUCCACCUUCGUACGAGGACAAAGAUGCUCCCGAAAAUCUACCCAGGGAUCGGAAACGAUAGUUAAUGCUAUUCAUGUCAUCCUAUGCUCGCACUUGUACUCAUUCGCUUUGUGUCUUAUGUGCUGUUUCAUCCAAGGUCGGAAAUCUCGAUUCGUGAAUCGUGAUCAACUUGUUGUAAAGUAUGUUGAUGUUAGCGCAAUGAUCUGUGCCUUCCACCGCUCAAUGCCAAAAUUCUUCAUGG